UCAUCACCACUAAUUUCUCUCUUCUUUUCUCAGAGGGAACUCAAACAUUAAAGAAACAAAAACAGAGUCCCUCUUUCUCUGCAACCUACAAUGGCAACUCCAUUGAAGCAACAAGAAGAAAUCAUAUUUCGUUCUAAACUCCCUGACAUUUACAUCCCCAAACACCUUCCUUUGCAUUCAUAUAUAUUUGAAAACAUUUCUGAUUACUCUUCAAAGCCUUGUUUAAUCAAUGGCGUCACCGGCGAAAUCUACACCUACGCAGAGGUUGAACUCACUGCACGCAGAGUAGCUUCAGGGCUGAACAAGCUUGGCAUUCAACAAGGCGAAGUUAUUAUGCUUCUAUUACACAAUUCUCCUCAGUUUGUUCUUUCCUUUCUCGGCGCUUCAUUUCGUGGCGCCAUUGCAACUGCUGCGAAUCCUUUUUUCACUCCUGCAGAAAUAGCCAAACAAGUUAAAGCAUCGAACACCAAACUGAUUAUAACACAGGCCGCUUAUGCAGAGAAAGUCAAGGAAUUGGCUAAUACCAGUAAUAUAAAAGUAUUAUGUAUAGAUUCUGCGCCAGAAGGUUGUUUACAUUUCUCUGAGCUGGCUGAGGCCGAUGAGAGAGAAAUACCGAAUGUCAAAAUCAGCUCCGAUGACGUGGUGGCGCUGCCGUAUUCUUCCGGCACAACCGGUUUGCCAAAAGGAGUGAUGUUGACCCAUAAAGGAUUAGUUGCCAGUGUAGCGCAACAAGUUGAUGGCGAAAAUCCUAAUUUGUAUUUCCGAAGCGAAGAUGUGAUUCUGUGUGUUUUGCCGAUGUUCCAUAUUUACGCUUUGAAUUCGAUAAUGCUUUGCGGAUUGCGGGUUGGAGCUGCGAUUUUGAUUAUGCCGAAAUUUGAGAUUGGGACGCUGUUGGAGUUGAUACAGAGAUAUAAGGUGACCGUCGCUCCGAUUGUGCCGCCGAUCGUCUUGGCUAUUGCUAAAUCACCGGAUACCGAAAAGUACGAUCUGUCGUCUGUCCGGAUGUUGAAAUCUGGCGCUGCACCGCUUGGUAAGGAGCUUGAAGAUACUGUAAGAGCUAAGUUUCCUCAAGCCGUACUUGGUCAGGGAUAUGGGAUGACAGAGGCAGGGCCUGUGCUCGCCAUGUGCUUGGCAUUUGCAAAAGAGCCAUUUGAGAUAAAAGCAGGGGCAUGUGGAACUGUGGUGAGGAAUGCAGAAAUGAAGAUUGUUGACCCUGAAACUGGGGACUCUCUUCCCAGGAACCAACCAGGAGAGAUUUGCAUUAGGGGAGAUCAAAUCAUGAAAGGAUAUCUUAAUGACCCAGAGGCCACUGAAAGAACCAUAGACAAACAAGGAUGGUUACACACAGGAGAUAUUGGCUACAUUGAUGAUGAUGAUGAGCUCUUCAUUGUUGAUAGAUUGAAGGAAAUAAUCAAAUACAAAGGGUUUCAGGUCGCGCCGGCCGAAAUUGAAGCCUUGCUGUUAGCUCAUCCUGAAAUUUCUGAUGCUGCUGUUGUUGGACUGAAAAAUGAGGAUGCUGGAGAAGUCCCAAUUGCAUUUGUAGUCAGAGCAGAAAAAUCCCAAAUUACAGAGGAUGAAAUUAAGCAGUAUGUCUCCAAACAGGUGAUAUUUUACAAAAGAGUAAAUCGUGUGUUCUUCGUAGAGGCAAUUCCAAAGGCACCAUCAGGCAAAAUCUUGAGGAAAAACUUGAGAGAAAAAUUGGCAGCUGGUUUUCAAAAUUAAAAGGACGAUGAAGAUCCUUGUCCUAUUUAUUUAAAAACUUGGAAAGGAACGUCUGCAAGUAAUUAUGCUUGGAUAAGUACAAGAUGAUGCUGGUAUAUAUAGAGAUGUGCUAAAAAACAUAAAUGUUGGGGUAAUCAAUUACGAAAUUACUCUCAAGCUCUUCUUUGUAUGAUUUGCAUCUUUGAAAAACCACAGUUUCUCUUGUUAUUACCUUAUUAACUCUCGGUAUUUGUUUGUUGUAUUUUCAUUUAUCAAAUGCGCCUUUUUUUUUU